GUCAAUAAACUCUAUGGGGUUUGAAAACCUCUGAAACGCGUUGGUUGUUGCAAAAUAUCGACUUGAACGCAUGCUUCUAUGUGAAAUAAUGUGCAAUUGUACUGUUAGUGUUAUGUGGUCGGUGCAUUCGGUGUGAUAUGAUAUUUUUUUCCGUCGUAACCAUGCAAAACCUACGAGUGCUCAUGAAAAAGAAUUAAUGAUCCCAUGUUGUCGAGAUUCUACGGCGGAUUAUUGAUGGUGGUGGCUGGAGGUGGUGGGGGGAUGGUGCAAUAUGUGGAGCGAGUGGCGUUGGCUGGUGGUCACGUUGAAUGCUGUUGCCGCCCUGUCGCCUGUCGUUAAAAUUGGUGCAAUCUUCACAGAGGAGGCUCGCGGAGGGAGUGCAGAGUUAGCGUUCAAGUACGCCGUGUACCGAAUCAACAAGGAGAGGUCUCUGCUGCCAGAGACAACUUUAGUCUACGACAUACAGUAUACAACUGCGAGGGAUACCUUUAGGACAUAUAAGAAAGCGUGCACGCAAAUAAAGUCGGGUGCUAUAGCUAUAUUCAGCAGCGCAGGCCCACUGCUGGGUUCAACGUUGACAGCGAUGUGCCGAUCGCUGCAUGCGCCUUACAUGACUGUGGCACCACACUUUAUAGAUAAUCUCAACAACACAGACUCGUUUACGGUGAACCUUUAUCCCUCGAGAGAGCUGAUGGACCAGGCGUUUAAGGACUUGACUGCCUUCCUCAACUGGUCCAAAAUGGGAAUUAUUUACGAAGAUUAUGGGUUCGGUGAACUAAAUAUAGUGCGUCUGGCGAGAGACGGUCGCGACAUGUAUGCGGUGCGGUGCGAGGGAAGGGACUACAGGCGUGCGCUUGCGCAGCUAAAAGCGCAGCACAUCCAACAUAUAAUCGUAGACACCGACCCCAAGCACUUGAGACUGCUGUCCAGGGCUAUUCUACAACUGCAAAUGAACAACGAAAAUUAUCAUUACAUUUUUACAUCAUUCGAUAUGGAACUGUUCGAUCUGGAAGAUUUCUUCUACAACCGCGUCAACAUGAGCGGCUGGAGGCUGGUGGACCGGGACUCGGACAAAGUGAAAGAUGCUCUCCAGGUGAUGGAGAAGUUUCAUCCCAUAGGUGCUUCCAUCCUCAGCGGUGGACAUAUUAAGACUGAACCAGCGUUGUUAUACGACGCAGUGCAAGUAUUAGCGUUGGCGCUCGCGUCCACGAAGGACGUGCAAACUAACAACGUGUCGUGCGAGAACGAAGCCCAUGUCGACCAUGGCUUUGAACUCUUGGAGAAUAUCAACAAGGUACAAGCUCAUGGCUUAACAGGCCCGAUCUCCUUCACCGAGGGCGUCCGAACCACCUUCAACCUCCAACUGAUGAGGUUAUCUGGAGGUGAACAGGGAGGUGCAGUGCUCGCUGGCCACUGGGCGCCGGGAGAUGGUCUCCAGGUCACAGACCCCGCGGCGUACAGGCGAGACCCGCCCCCUAAUGUGACCCUCACUGUGGUUACUGUUGAGGAAAAGCCUUACGUGAUGGUGAAGGAAGGCUGGAAUCUCCAAGGCAACGCAAGGUUCGAGGGCUUCUGCAUAGACCUGCUCGCCAGGGUGGCGGCCCGGGCAGGCUUUCACUACAGGCUGAGACUGGUCCCGGACAACAUGUACGGAGCAUGGGACCCUGACACCGGCCAGUGGAAUGGGAUCGUCAAGGAGCUGAUGGACCAAAAAGCCGACAUAGCCGUCGCAUCAAUGACAAUAAACUUCGCUCGGGAAGCUGUAAUAGAUUUUACGAAGCCAUUCAUGAAUUUGGGCAUCGGGAUUUUGUUUAAGGUACCCUCAUCUCAGCCAACGAGGCUGUUCAGCUUCUUAAACCCCUUAGCAAUAGAGAUAUGGCUGUACGUGCUGGCUGCUUAUGUUCUGGUGUCGUUUACACUCUUCGUCAUGGCUCGCUUCUCACCAUACGAGUGGUCAUCGAGUACACACGUCUGCGGUCACGAAACCAAACUCCUGACAAACCAGUUCAGCGUUUGCAACUCCUUCUGGUUCAUCACCGGGACAUUCCUGAGGCAAGGCUCUGGGCUGAAUCCUAAGGCCACAUCAACGAGGAUAGUGGGCGGUAUAUGGUGGUUUUUCACGCUGAUCAUUCUCUCCUCGUACACCGCGAACUUGGCAGCCUUCCUCACCGUGGAAAGAACUGUGCUGCCCAUCCAGAGCGCAGCAGACCUGGCUGCGCAGAACAGUGUGCAGUACGGAACUCUCAGUGGAGGAUCCACCAUGACCUUCUUUAGGGAUUCAAACAUAGACAUAUACCAAAAGAUGUGGCAGCAGAUGUCAUCGGCAACCCCCCCUGCGCUCGUGUCUUCCUACGAGGAGGGGGUGCGACGUGUGUUGGCUGGCAACUAUGCAUUCCUGAUGGAGUCAACGAUGUUGGACCAUCGGGUGCAAAGGGACUGCAACCUAACGCAGAUCGGAGGGCUAUUGGACUCGAAGGGUUACGGCAUAGCGACAUGGAAAGGCAGUCCCUGGAGGGACAGGAUCUCCCUUGCGAUCCUGGAGCUGCAGGAGAAAGGGGUAAUCCAGAUACUGUACGACAAGUGGUGGAAAAAUACUGGAGACGUGUGCAACAGGGAUGGCAAGGACAGCAAAGCCAACCCCCUCGGCGUGCAGAAUAUUGGUGGGGUAUUCGUGACACUCCUCUGCGGCCUGGUACUGGCGAUAGUCGUCGCCAUCUUGGAAUUCUGCUGGAAUACGAAGAAAAAUGCCACUCAAGGUCGCCAGUCGCUGUGCAGUGAAAUGGGACAGGAAUUAAGAACAGCAAUGAGAGGAGGUUCUUCCAGAACAGUAUUAAGACCUGGAUGCUCCAGGUGCUCCCACGGGACUCACGUGCCCCCAGCGCCUGGAAGAUACGAGACGGACGGCUCUAGCACCGUGGAGUUGAGGGAGUUGCGGUGGUCAUAGCGCGGGGCGAGGC